AUGGCAAGGAGACAGACCUACACGGUUCGGGGACUGUUUGGCAAAGCCACUGAUGACUUCUCGGAUACAGGCAAACUGAUAGAGAAGACUACGUUUGAUCACAUCACCGGGGAGAAGCUGGAACGAAUUCUUGCUGUUAUCCAAGGAUCCAAUCACAAAGCUCUCUUGCAGCCGCCUCCAUCCCCCUGCUUCCUCCCACCGCGCCGUUAUCGCCCACCCAAAGAGUCAGAGGAGCCAGAGAGCUCUCAGCCGCUAAGUUUCUCCAAGAGUCCUGCCAACCCCCGGAAUUGGACUGUGGCGCGAUCUAUGGGCAGUGAUUAUCAGCGGCCGGAUUGGCAGGUGGCGCUGGUCAGCCUGACAGUGUUAGCAAUUUUGGUGUGGUGCGUGCUACGCCCGGAGACUGAAAUUGACCGGCUCAUAGAGGCUUCGCUGGAGGGAAAACCCCUGGAAUCCAAACCUCAAGCACCCCCUUCUGAACAGGAAAAACCUUGA